AUGAAGUUAUCUGGGUUCUAUCUGCUCACGUUACUAGGAUUUUCACUAGUGGAUGUCGUCCAUGCUAUUGCGGCUGAUGACGCCAUUGCUAAAGCUGUCGCGGACAAUGCUGCAACUACUGCUACGGCAGUCACCACAGCAAUUACUGCAGCCGCCAAUGCUGCAACUACUGCUACUGCAGUCACCACACCAACUACUGCCGCUGUAAAUGCUGCUACGACUGCUACGACUGCUGUGGCCACUGCUGCUACGACUCCUACCACAACAGCCGUUAAUGCUGCUACGACUCCUACCACAACAGCCGUUAAUGCUGCUACGACUCCUACCACAGCAGCCGUUAAUGCUGCUACCACAGCUACUACAGGAAUAACUACCAGUACUACGGCUGGUGUGGCCGGUACAGCCCUCACCACCACUUCCAAGACUGCAGCCACCACAACACUCGAUACAUCGCUUACCACUACACCAACUACUACUUUAACUACUACACCGCUAACUACGAUAGAUACGAGUACCACGGCAACUGGAACAUCCGCUGUUGCACCUACUACGCUGUGGGUUACCGUGACGGUAAGCGGAGGUAUAACUACCGUAAUUCCAUCCAUGUACACCCAGAAAUUCCAGAGCAUGUACGAAACAAUGGCGGUGCCGUCCACAGGCCUGAUUGGCUUGGGAACUAUCAGUGGUACCGUUGGCUCCAUUAAGGAAUACAGAACCGUUACCAUUUCAACUUCCUGA